CACUCGACCAGCGCCCCGUGAUGCCUCGGUAGCAAGCUCAGUCCAAUACGGGUCAACCUACCUCCAGUAGCAGUUUCCAACCCACGUAAAGAAAUAUCUCGGCAAACGCAGUCGAUUCUUCGUGCAACUGUCUCCAAAACGUCGCCCCAAGAAAAGGCGUCUCACCAGUGAGCCAACAUCAACAUGGCUACAGCUACAUUCGAGAGCCUGAAGCCAGAGCUCCAACUCAUGCUCGAGCGGAUGAAGUACACAUUCGGCAACAAGCCCUGGAGCAAAGCGGUGCAAGAUCUCUGGGAGCAGGACAUUGCCAUCACGGCCCAACAGCUCUGCGACACUGACGAGAAGUACGCCGCCUUCGUGCUCGUGGGCCUCGACUACCUCUUCCCGUUUGCCAAGUUCGCGGACGGCGCCAUGGACGGCGCUCCGGGCGUGGACGGCGAGAUCGCGGAGAUUAUGCGUGGGAUGCCCAUCGAAAUUGACGAGACUGGUGAAGAGGAGCGUGAGAGCGACGACGAUGGAGAGGCCGUUGGUGGGACCAGUGGCUAUGAGGCAGAUCGCGAGAGGAGCGCCAGUGUUGAGCCCGAGGGUGCCGCGGGCGAGAAGAUCGGUUUGAAUGAGAAGAACAGGGCCGAAGGGUGGGGGUCAUCGGGCGAGAAGAGCUUAGUGAACGAGAAGGACACGAUUGACUACGAUAUGAGCUUUCCGAAGAAGAAGACCGCUAACGACUCGAACCGCACUCCAAAAACAAGCAUCUCCAGUAACCUCGUUGGCUCACCCAGAACCACCCUUCCACCAAGCAGCAAAUGA